AUGCACAGGAAUCUGUUUAUUCAGACCCCUUUGAUUUAAUCCCCUCCUUCCAUGUUUGUACCAAACCAUUCCUAAAUGAGGAAUUUAUCUCCUGCUAAUUCGUAUCUCUUCGCCUAAGGUUCUCCCACUUCGCCGCUAUUCUAUGAUCGAUAUUCUUCUCAAAAUCCACGAGACUCCAAUAUUUACUGUAGAUAUUUAAAUUUCACCCUCCUAGUUAAAUCCAACGAACCUGCCCAUAGUUCUUACUUCCCAGAAUAAUCCAAUAUGGUUCAACAAAAGAAUUAUUUUUUGAAUCCUAAUAAAAACCUUAAGCACAGCAAAAGUCCACCAGCAGGGCAAGAUAUCUCCUAUACUCACAAGAUAGUCUAUCAUGAUGGAUCCACAUAUUAUGGUGAAACUAAAGAUUAAAUGAGACAUGGCAAAGGGACACUCUACAGUUCUGACAACCAUUUAAUAUAUAUCGGAGAAUGGAAAGAAGAUAAAUAUCAUGGAUUGGGAAUUUUAAAUAAAGGAAAUUUAAGAUACAAAGGCUACUUCGAAGAGGGUUUUGGUUAGUGGAGAAGCAAUCGAGGAAAGCAAAACAUUUAAAUUCUAUGGUUUCUUCAAGAAGGGUAAGCGAAAUGGCCCAGGGUCUUUGUAUAGUAAGAAUCAAGUCACGCAAGGCUUCUGGAAGGACAACCUUAUUUAAGAUAUUUGUUGAAGUCUAUAAUAAUAGCAUUUUCCUACAAUUUUUAUUUAUAUAACUUUAUGAAACACAUUGAAUGCCCUAUCAAAUUAGCUUCAGCUUCAGUACAAUUCCCAAGUUCACAAUUCUUCAACACAAGCAAAGCCAGAAACUAGAUAUUGUGUAGAAUCUAUGGCCAUUUCAUAUUUGGAUUCACUCAGUAGAGUCCCAAAGAUUACUACUCAAAAUAUAGCAUCUAAGUGGAAGGAAGACUCCUAGAUAAAAUUCAGGAAUGGGCUGAAUAUAUGAGGUACCAAAAUCUACCCAAAGUGAUCCUCAAUAAAAAGGAUGAGAAUGAUAAUUCCGUCAUUUAAUACUUUUUUCCAGAUGAUGAUAAUAUUGGAUGGAUCUACAAUGAUGAAAAUAUCCAUUUGAAUAUCCUUAGCACAAACCUCAUUUCUGGAGUCUGCAUAGAUCGUUCAAAAAACCUUGAAAAAAAGAAUUACUCCAUGUUCUAAGAAAAAACUACUUUCACCUAUAAAUUCUCAGCCAAACACAUUCCAGAAGCUCCACCAAGCCAAUCUUUCAUGCAGCAUCAAAUUGAAUUCAUUUCAAAUCGAUUCCCACAAUUAGAGGGCAAUCCUGAAGAAGGAUAUCGUCGCCAUAUACUGCAAAUUGAAACACUUGCAGGACGCAAAUGGUUUGAAAAAAUUGGAGAUUAUUAUAUUACAGAUGUAGAUAAUUGUUUAGAAGGAAAUCCACAUUUAAUUUAAUGA